AGAACAAGAGCCCCCUGCUUAGGGUGUUCCUUCUCUUAGUUCAAGAGGUAGAAGCUUGUGCUUUGGGUGGUGAAGAUCUGAAGUUCAAUCACGGAGGAUAACAGUGGUGGCCUUAUGUUAACAGACAUAUUUCAGAACUGUGGGCCAGAUCCUCAACAGGUGUAACUCGCCAUAGUUUCCUUGACAUCUGUGGAGUUAUGGCAGUUUAUACCAGCUAAAUAUCUGAUCUAAUGUCCCACAUCCACCUAGAGGACUGAAAUUAAAUAACUAAGAAACAUGUCUCUUCUGAAAUAUUCUGGCUAAAUACAGUUCCAUUUUUGUGCCAUCUUCUGUUCCCAGAGGAUAAAAAGUAAGUGCCGUAAUUGCUACAGGGAUGUUACGUGUUUGGGAAUGGUCUGUGUUAUCACAAAUAGAAAGGGGAGUGUGGUCUGCAUGAUCAUAACUGUGAAGGGUACCAGAAAAUACUUGGAGUAGAAUCCCUUCCCUCUCUGCUGGAAUGCAACUGUUUCUAUGGCUCCUAUGCAUAGAAGAGAGAUGACGUCUUGUCUCAGUAACUGUUCAUGAGAUAAAGAGGGUCGGUAAAGAGGGUGGGGUGAGGGAUAGAAGUGAAACAGAUUGAGUAACUUGAUGUUAUGGCCUCCAACACCCAUCUGUUAGAUGUAAUCUGUUCCCAAGCAGGUUGAAAAUGGGAGAAUCAUCUCCAAAGGGAGGGAGGUGAGUGCAAGUGAACGUUCAGGAGGUGGGGAUGUUCCAAGCCCUCAACCAAGCCGUCCAAAUUGACGGUUGGAUGAAGAGGACAGCUGUGUGGUGGUAGCAGUCACAGUAGGUAGUCUCUUCUUUUGACACCUAGGCCUGCCUUUCGGUGGUUCCGUAGGCCUAGGGUAUGUAAAGAACUGAACUGGACGAGAUCUCUUUGCCAUUUGUGAUCUGCUAAAUUUUCUUUUGUUUGCAGGCAUGUAUACGCUAAGGGCUCUAAGUGUGGCUCUGGAAUCUUUCAAAGUCUGGAGAGAUUCAUCUGUUGACUCAUAGGAGAAUUUAAGUCCAUCAAAAGGGAAGUCUUCUACAGUAUUCUGGACCUCCCUAGGAAAACCAGAUAGCUCUAGCCAAAGUGCUCUACUCAUGACAACAUCAAUAGAUGUGCAGUGGGUUACUGUGUCUCCUGCAUCUAGGGAAGCUAUCAAAAUCGUCUUUUUCUAAGAACUGACCUUCAGCUAUGAUGGUCUUGAACUGCUCACAGUAUUCUACAGGAGUUCAUCAACUGAAUCUUUGCCUACCCUGCCCCCCACAAUUGUCCAGUGGCUACAUUGGCUGCAGGAUGUGAAGUGUGGAGGACGGUCCUCGGGGGAUGGUGUUGAUGCAGUGUCCUUGCCCAAAGAGGCUAGGUGGCUGCCUUAGUCCAGCAGAGAUAGAAGGCCCUGCCAAGGCAAUGAAAGAGGAUAUUACUUUUUUGUCCAGGAAAAGAAAAAAAAGUUCCUUCCCUUUUCAUGUUCCACAUCAAAGCAGCAUUAGAAGAUGUUAAUCUGCUGAAGACUCCAGAGUAGAAGAAGGAACAAUUUUUCCAGGCCUCUGUUAGAAGACAGCCAUCUGUCUGUGCAAAGGAGAUAUUUUAUCACCUGGUGAUUGAUCAGCAUAUCAGUGACUGGAGAGGACUAUGCAGUGUUGUUGUAGCCGUGUUGGUCCCAGGAUAUUAUAGAGACAAGUUGGGUGAGGUAAUAUCUUUUAUUGGACCAGCUUCUGUUGAUGAGAGAAACAAACUUUUGAGCUUACAAUACUAUGCUGCUGGGGUGGAAGGAAGAGAAUGGGGAAAGUUUUGCCCUGCCCAGGUAUAUCAUAGAUUGUCUUGAGUUUCUUGAAAGAGAACUCGAAAUAAUUAGGUGUCAGCAAUUCCUCCCAACAUAUAUUUUUGAGCUUCUAAAGUGCUUUGGGGUGUCUCUGAAUGAAAAAUAUUAUGUAAAGGCCAGAUUUGAUAUUCACUGCCCAAAUCUUUAACGCUAAAAUAAGUUCGACUGGCAGUGCCUCAUGCACUUGCAGAAUGGGAAGUGCACCUAUACUUAAACCUCUGAAAACAAAGAAGUGCACACAGCUCAGCCUUGCAACUUACAUUUUGGCUCCCUGGAACUGAGGAUGUACUGUAUAUUUCAGCCUGGACCGUCCUAUAAUCAGGCAUAAGAAAUGACUAAGUAAAUGUGACAUUUCAUAUGAUGUGUUGUGCCCCACAGGAUUGUAUUCUCAUUUGUCUGCAUGCAUUCCCAACUGCCCUUCACUGUGUAGGGGACAACUGUACUGACUGACACAAGAUUAUUUGCAGCAGGUUGCCACAGUUCACAUGGCAAUAUGAGAAAUGCAUCUGCGCCCAAAGGAAUCACUACACAGACCCCCCGUUUCUGUGCUGUUUCAUUGGUUGUGCAAGCAGAGGAGUACAAUAAUCUAUCAUCACUACAGGGCAGAGCUGAGUGAGGAAGUGGAGCACGUAGCUGAGCAUCUAGAGCCAGUGGAGGAAGGGGAAAUGGACGAUGAUCAGGAGGAUACCAGCUCUGCUAUUUUACCAGUCCUAGAUAGUGAAUCAGGGACCAGUAGCCCUUCUGUGCGUUUCAGCAAGACCUGCCUAAAGAAUGUCUUUUCCGUAAUUCUCCUCUUCAUUUAUCUGCUGCUCAUGGCUGUAGCUGUGUUCCUUGUCUACCAAACUAUCACCGACUUCAGGGAAAAGCUCAAACACCCGGUGAUGUCUGUCUCUUACAAGGAGGUGCCCUUGUAUGAUGCACCUGGUAUUGCACUUUACCCAGGCAAGGCUCAGCUGCUUAGCUGCAAGCAUCAUUACUAUGAUCACAUUCCGCCUCUGAUAAACCCAGGUCAGCCAGGAGAAAUUGAGUGCACCACUCAGAGAAUCAACUACACAGAUCCUUUUACUAAUCAAACCAUGAAACAUGCUUUGAUUGUCCAAGGACCUCGAGAUGUGAAGAAAAGGGAACUGGUGUUUUUGCAGUUCCAUUUAAAUGAAACAGACCAGGAUUUCAGUGCAAUAAACUAUCUUCUGUUCUCUUCUUUCCAGGACUUCCUCAGCAGUCCAGAUAAAACAGAAUUCAUGAAAGACUGCGAAAGCUCAUACUCCAGCUGGAAGUUCUCUGGUGGUUUUCGAACCUGGGUCAAAAUGUCCUUGGUGAAAACCAAAGAAGAAGAUGGGCGUGAGACUGUGGAGUUCAAACAGGAGACUAGUGUGGUUAACUACAUUGACCAGAGGCAUCAGCCGGCAAGUGACCAAUUGUUUUUUGUGGUAUUUGAAUGGAAAGAUCCUUUUAUACAAAAAGUUCAAGCUAUUGUCACUGCCAAUCCUUGGAACAUGAUUGCUCUACUCUGUGGUAUUUUCUUGGCUCUGUUUAAAGCAGCAGACUUUGCCAAACUAAGUGUUAAGUGGAUGAUCAAAAUCCGCAAGAGGCACCUGAAGAGAAGUCAAGCAAUGAACCACAUAAGCUGAGGACUAAACCACCUUUAGAACAUUUUUAGUACACUGGAUAAAAUUUCAACCAACAAUGCAGCAGUUACAUAAACUAAACAGAGUUGUGUGUUUAAGGAGAACUACUUACCUUUGCUGAAGUGACAGCAUAAAUGAACUGACACGAACCUUAAGAGGCUAACUCUGAAGAACAAGCCUACUAAACAUGUCUUUUUAAAAAUGUAAGUUAUGAACUUCUUUACCAAGCUUGUGUCAAUUUAUUGGGGGUGGAAUGGAAUUCAUAAAGUAACAUUCAAAAGGUCAGCUUAGAACAGAAUACAGACACGUUUGUAUUUAGUUUGGGUCUAGACAGUAGUUUAAGCUUUUCUCCAUGAGCUAAAUGGACUGCCCCUGCUACCAUAAGAGUGCCCCGAAUCAGUAAAAUGACUUGUCAUCCUCAGUCUGAUCUUCCCAGGCAUAGUUAUUAUCUGUGACCAGAAAGGAGCAAAGCACUUACCAGAUCAAUGUAAAAAUGGGUCAAAAGGUUCAAUUUCUUAAAUCUCCAACCUAUUACAUAGAACACCUCGGAUUUUUAUCAAACAUUUCCCAUUUGGUUAAGAUGCACUGACUGUAUAUUAAAGCUACUUUAAAAGCAAGUUAUGUGUAAGCCCUGUGGAAUAUGUCAUGGAUCACUGCCAGUUACUUCUUCUUAAACAAAGCCUCUUGCCUUAAUACUUCAUCAGUGAUUCUUCCAUAAACCAGAUUCACAAAUACUUAUGUACAACUUCUGUUGAAGUCAAUGAGAGCAGAAUUUGACCAUUCUAACACACAAGCAAGGCUGUGGCGUUCUGUCCCAAGGAAGGUUGGGGACAACACAAAAGGUUUGUAGAACUCAAGCUGGUGAGUUUCUGAAACUCAAUUACACGGAACCUAAUUGCUGGGAAUGAUGAUUUAGGAACGAAAAAAGGAAAUGGAGCCUAUAAUGGCCUAGGACAGUAUAAUACUUAAAGUCCAUUUACUGAGAGUUCUACGUUGAGAGGUAUAAUGUUUUCUAUUGUACCUAGAGCUUUAAAAAAAAAUCACAAUUUAUACUGCUUAAGUCUAACCUAACCUCAUAUAUACACUUUAUUUUUAUCCAUAAAACCCAAUCCCCAUUUCUCUGUCUCCUAGAACCCAUAUUGAGUCCUUACCUUUGGAAUUCAUUUUUGAGGGGAUAUAAAAGAAUUUUCAUAAAACCAAAACAUGUAUCUGACUCCAAAAAUAUACGGAGUCAGGAAGAAUAUCAAAUGCUGAAAAGGUACAAAGCUUUUCUUGCUAAGACUUAGGACUGAAUUCAGCUCCCACUUGUGCCCCAUGCAAUUCCAUUACUCUAAUGUUCCAGGAGGCAGAACAAACGGAGUCUUACCCAAAUGGGCAAAACCAAGCCAAUUCCCUGUGACUUAACAGUUCUGGGGUACCUUCUAAGCAGCAAGAACAGAUUUGCAAUUUUAACAAUACUUUUCCUCUAACUAGAAGGGAGGAAGGAGAUCAUCAAUAGAGCCCUGCAAAUCUGCAGUUAUCCACGGACCAUAUUUGCAGGUGGGAUGCAGAAACAAAUUUUGUUUCCAUGCAGGGCUCUGAUUAUCAGUACCAAGUGAUCCAGCUGGUUAGUAUACAUAUAUGGCCCCAGUGAAGUCAGUUUUGUCAAGAUUUCACCCCAUUUCUUUUGGAACAACUGCAUAGGGAUAGAAACCAGUUUUCUUUCUACUGAGGAGUUGUACUACAGCAAAUUUAAAUAUUCAGGCAGUUCUAUUUUUGUGAAAUAGAAGUGAACCAACAAAAGAAUCCCUGCAGGUGACAUCUAGACAUAACUAAACACUUGAGUAGUCUUUUUUUUCUCUCCAAAACUGGUUCCUUUUAAAGAACCCUUAUUUCUGUAUUUAAAAAUAAGCCCUUUGUAAUGGAUGGGAGAUGCACAGGUAAGUAGAGCCUCUCCGUGCGCUGGUGCUCAUUUCAAGACCUCCCUCCAAAUUCUAUUAACACAUUGUAUAGCUCUCUGUUAGCAUUCAUUUGUUGAAUUGUUUGGGAUGCAUGUCUUCUACCUUAGCCUAGUUUGCCAAAUGAGUUAUCUUUUGUUAGUGUUUGAACCUAUUCUUAUGGCUUUAACUAGCUAGAUUGAUUGUGGUUUCUGGAGUACCUCAGACAAGAAUUUCUGCUAUGAGGUCUCAAAUGUAACAUUUAGCUGCAAAACACGGAGUAGUGCAGAAUCAGCUGCAAUGAAAAAGGAACCAAUGCGGAUAUGAAAUUGCCACUGUUUAGGUAGUAGGAGCAUAAAAUAGGGACUUAUUAUGCAAACCUUACUUUUAUGUAUCAAAAAAAGGUAACAUCUUAUACUUGAAGCCAAUCCCAUUCCCCCCCUUCAGAUGACUAAAAGACUCUCCAAUACAUAAUGAAGAGAAAUUAUGCAUGAUAUUUGCUCUAAAUAUAAACUUUUAUAUAAAAGAAAACAUGUACUUACGUUUCUUGGUCAGUUUGUCCUCUAAAGACACAUCUGAGCAACUACAGAGUAUUUGUGUCUCCUAUUUUUGCAAGUCUGCCAUUACUUUUCUUUGAAGCAAGAAUCAAUACAGAGCAUUUGCUCUGUAAACAUGUUGUCCAUUUUGAUUUAAGAUUUGUUGUGGUGCAUAUUGCUAAA